CCGGCCCGGCCGGGGGAGCCGGCGCUGCUGGGAUCAGAGCUGCGGAGCGGAGCGGAGCCGAGUGCGGGCAGCGGAGCGUCCCGGAGCCCUCGGCAGUCUCUGGGCUGCGGCCCCGCUGCGUCCCCAUGGAGAAGUACAAAGCUCUUGAGCAGCUGCUCACGGAACUUGAAGAUUUUCUGAGRAUACUGGACAAGGAGAACCUGAGCAGCACUGCUGUGGUGAAGAAGAGCUUCUUGUCUGACCUUCUGAAAGUCUACACCAAGUCCAGUGGUGGCGAUGAGGAGUACAUUUAUAUGAACAAGGUGACAGUCCAUAAACAGCAGGGCGACCAAGAGAAACAAGACCAAGCGCUGGAUCGGAAAAGCUCCUUGACCAAUGGAGAUUCAGGACUGCAYCUGUCACCUCCUCAGAAGAGCCUGCCAGACCUCCCUCCUCCAAAGAUUCCCGAAACAAAACAACCUGCAGUCCCCAAGAUYGAAUCCCCAGAGGGAUAUUAUGAAGAGGCUGAGCCCUAUGAUGUCUCUGUAAAUGAAGAUGGUGAAGCUGUUAGUAGUUCCUAUGAAUCCUACGAUGAGGAAGAGAGCAGCAAAGGCAAGUCAGCAACCCAUCAGUGGCCAUCCCCAGAGGCCACCAUCGAGCUGAUGAAGGACGCCCGCAUCUGUGCCUUCCUGUGGAGAAAGAAGUGGCUGGGACAGUGGGCAAAACAGCUGUGUGUUAUCAAGGACACCAGGCUGCUGUGCUACAAGAGCUCCAAAGACCACAACCCUCAGCUUGACGUGAAUUUGCUGGGCUGCACUGUCAUUCACAAGGAAAAACAAGUGAGGAAGAAGGAGCACAAGCUGAAGAUCAUCCCCACAAAUGCUGAUGUCAUCGUGCUGGGGCUGCAGAGUAAAGACCAGGCAGAGCAGUGGCUCAGGGUAAUCCAGGAGACCAGUGGUCUGCUCUGUGAAGGGGGCAGUGAAGGCAACCAGUACAUCCCAGACUCGCAGCGUCUCACUUACCCAAAGGUGGAGGUGCCCGASAGAUACUCUGCAGCCUCGGAGAGCGGGAGCAGCACCGACGGCCACCCGGAGACUGCAGAGACAAAAGAUGUUAAGAAGAAGGGCACGACUGGCCUGAAACUGAGCAACCUGAUGAACCUCGGGAGGAAGAAGUCCAGCUCCAUGGAUAGCCCGGAGAGAUCCCUGGAGACUUCAAGUUACCUGAAUGUGCUGGUGAACAGCCAGUGGAAGUCACGGUGGUGUCACAUAAAAGAUGGGCACCUCCAUUUCUACCAGGACAAGAACCGAAGCAAACUGGCUCAGCAGCCCCUGAGUUUGGCAGGUUGUGAAAUCAUCCCAGAGCCAAGCCCHGAUCACCUUUACUCCUUCCGCAUCCUGCACAACGGGGAAGAACGGGUUGUCCUGGAGGCAAAGUCCUCGGAGGAGAUGGGCCACUGGCUGGGCCUCCUCUUGUCGGAGUCAGGCUCGAAAACAGAUCCAGAGGAAUUUACCUAUGACUAUGUGGAUGCUGACAGGGUUUCCUGCAUUGUGAGCGCUGCGAAGAAUUCCUUCUUCUUAAUGCAGAGGAAAUACUCGGAGCCCAACGCCUACAUCGACAACCUGCCCAAGGGCAGGGUGCAGCAGGAGGAGCUGUACGAUGACGUGGAUCUGCCAGACCUGCCUGUGGAAGAAGAACCCAAGAGUGAGAGCAAAUUGGAGGGGGACCAAGACAGAGUGUAUCUGGACCUCACCCCAGUGAAGUCCUUCCUGCACUGUGCAGGGAAGAUGUCAUGCCAGUCUUCACCCCUCAGCUCACCACCUUUAGAAAGGGCUGCCAGCAAGGCUGCCCUAGAGAGCACAGCUGAGACAGCCACCAUAGCCAAGGAGGCUGAGUCCUGCACUAAGGCAACAGAGACCUCAGAGCAGAAGCACCCAGAGAAGCCAGAGCCCGAGGAGGCUGUGCCACAGGUGCCUGCUGUCAAAAUGCAGAGCCAGCAGCAGAACAUCGCUGUACCCCAGGUGGCCCCUGAGGUUCCAGUGGGCACAGUUCCAGUGGGCACAGUUCCAGCAGGCACAGUUCCAGUGGGCACAGUUCCAGCGGGCACAGUUCCAGCAGGCACAGUUCCAGUGGGCAGUCCCCAGCUGGUGCCUGCACACCGGCCCAAGAUGCCACUGCCAGCAGCAGCAGUGGAAACCAAGCUGGGCAAGAACAGGACAGAGGCAGAGGUGAAACGGUUCACRGAGGAGAAGGAACGGCUGGAGAAGGAGAAGGAUGAAAUCCGGGCUCAGCUCACCCAGCUGCGCAAGGAGAGACGGGAGCUGAAGGAAAUGCUCGGGGGCAGCACAGACAAGAGCCUGGAGCAGAGGCUGAAGGAGAUAGACGAAGAAUGCAAAAGGAAGGAAAACCAGAGGGUGGACCUGGAGCUGAGCUUGGUGGAGGUGAAGGAGAACCUGAAGAAGGCAGAAUCUGGCCCGGUGACACUGGGCACGGCRGUGGACACCACACACCUGGAGAAUGCAGCCCCACGGGUUCAGGCAAAAAGUGCCAGUGCAGCAAACAGCGCAGAGAACUCACCGGUCAAUUCAGCAACGGCUUUGAAAAACCGGCCUUUAUCUGUUAUGGUCACGGRGAAGGGAACAGUGCUACAGAAAGCUAAGGAAUGGGAAAAGAAGGGAGCUAGUUAGAAGCACAUUGUUCAAAGAUGGACUAAAGACUCAAACUGCCCAUGCAUGGCCCAGGGGAUUCAACCAUCUGUCGGUGGAGGGUGGGUGUUCAACACCACCACACACCAAGUGCCUCCUCCACGUCGAGCCGACGGCCCAGACAGCACUGGAGUCAACGGCUGCUGACACGAGUUCAUCCCAAAUGAACUUGCUCUUUCCAGACAAAUCCCAAUCACGUAGCUAAAACAAUAACAACAARUGGCAAUCCUUCCAUCCAAGUCCUAACCCAGCUGAUGUAAACUGUAAGAAUGUUACUGUACAUAGGGGUGUUUUUGUGUAUUUCUACUCUGAAGGUUUAUCAAUGAGUUAUUAAGGUUUCUAUAUUAGUGACUGUAGUGGAUUCAGAAGGGGGCUCUGCUAUUCCUCAGCCUGGACAGUUUCAAACAGGCCUGAUGAUAAAUUGGAGUCAACUAAAGUCUCACUUGUCUUGCUGCCCGUCAUCACUCAGCUGCAUUUCAUCCAGCCUUCAGUCAAGGGCUAUCCCCACGUGUGAGCAAACUUCAAACAUGAAUGAGAAGCAUACAACAGCCUUUCCAAGGCAUUUUUAAUCAGUGUCUUCCUGAUGCACUCCAGCAUUUCCUACCAGCUGCAGAUUUGCUAGAAUCUUGAGCUGCUUACCUUCCCAUGCUGUAAGCUACGUUACAGACUGGCAGCACCAAGAGCUCUGGGCAAGGAAGAUCUGCCAARCAGAUUCAGUUAUUUUCCUGAAGAUCUUGGUCUAUUUUCACCUGAGGAGUUUGUUCUGAAAAAAAAAAAUUAAAAAAAAAGUCAUAUUUGAGGGCUUGCUCAGCUGUUUUAUGGGAAAGCUGGAUCCUUCAGGGCUUGCCCUUUCCCAAGAGAGCAGAGGUAAAGCUGUCUCCAUGCUCCUACCCCAAUUGUGAUGGUGACUGUUGCUCACAGAGCUGCAGCUGUUGAAUGUGCUGAAGAUACCCCUGUGCCCUGUGUCCCUCCACACUGUAGGGCUGAGAAGCCUGCCCUGGCAGUGAGGCUGCGUGACCAGGGCUCUGCUGAGCUGCUGACCAUCUUGGUGCUGUCACCCUUAUUUCCCAGGCGUUAAACUUAAUCCUGCCCUUGGGCCCUGGCAGUUCGGCCCACAAAGCCCUCUGCUCUCUGYCCUAGCCAAGCUUUCUAAUGAAAGAUUUUGGACAGCUGGAGCUGUAAAACUUAGAGACAUUGAAAUUAAAAGGGUGGUAGGGGGUUGGCAGAAAUCUAUGCAUCCUUCUCCUCCCUGUACCCUGCUGACAUUUCUGAUGGCCUGGARUCACCUCUUCCUGUCUCCUCUGAUGGCCCUUCAGUGUCAGAGCCCAGGCUUGGGAACUGGGUUGCCUGGAUGGGGCUGGAGCUGUUUUCCAACCCCACAACGUUGAAGUAGCACCAGCAGUUCCCUGCAUGGGUUGGCCCUGGGGUCCUGUGGCUACACCAGAGCCUGGGUAAAGGCAGACAGGAAAAAUGUAUUUUCCUCACCCUUGAAAAUCUUUGACAGGCUUGGAAUUACCUAUAAAGAGCUAUGCUUUCUUCACACUAAGGCCAAACUGGGGUCACUGGGGUGAGAAUGUGCUGACAAGGGGUCCUGGGCUUGCUUGUCCCCACCACAGAGCCAGGGUGCAAAAAAACACUUGGCCAGGGUAUCCUGAAAGCAAGAAAGCUGACCUUGCUCCCAUUUUUUUUUUUUACUCUGAAGUCUCCACUGUGGUGCAGAUAGAGGAAUUGCUAAUCCCAGGCCUUGGGAGCCUCAGCUGUCAGGUUGUCCUGACAUAAGGUUUUGCACAUAGGAAAAAYUCAUGCAAAUAAACCACUGACUCUUCUGGUUCAGGACCCUGGGGACUUCCUUCUCCAAAGCACCAGAAGGCCWCAGACCCCUUUUGUUUUGUUUUGACCCAUGAUGAGCUGGCAGGAGACCUUCUCUACACCCUAAAUAUCUGUGUAGUACCAUGCCCUCACCUUGCACCCCGCUGUCAUCCUCCAGAAGUUGUCCAGACAUUUCACAGUGGUACUGAGACAGCGAUGGACAAGAGCAGCUCUGCUUUCCCCCUCACAGCCCAGUCAGCUUCACUGCUCCUGCUGGGAUGUCACUCCACGAAGGAAUGAAUGGUAAACACAGUCCUGAACAACACAGUUUCCCCAAACAAGAAAUGUUAAACAAUGUCYCUGUGUCCCCAUUGUUUUCCUAACUCAAGGCAUUUCCUUUGUUGUAACUGUGACCUAUAAAGUGGCUCUUUAGAGGGUUUUAUAAUAAAAUGUUGAGUAUA